AGCGCUCACUAUGCCAGCUGCUUUAAGUUGUAGUCGCUAUGUCUGGGCGCGGCAAGCAGGGCGGCAAAGCCCGCGCCAAGGCCAAGACCCGCUCCUCCCGGGCCGGGCUCCAGUUCCCCGUGGGCCGCGUGCACCGCCUGCUGCGCAAGGGCAACUACGCCGAGCGGGUCGGGGCCGGCGCGCCGGUCUACCUGGCGGCGGUGCUGGAGUACCUGACGGCCGAGAUCCUGGAGCUGGCGGGCAACGCGGCCCGCGACAACAAGAAGACCCGCAUCAUCCCGCGCCACCUGCAGCUGGCCAUCCGCAACGACGAGGAGCUCAACAAGCUGCUGGGCAAGGUCACCAUCGCGCAGGGCGGCGUCCUGCCCAACAUCCAGGCCGUGCUGCUGCCCAAGAAGACCGAGAGCCACCAUAAGGCCAAGGGCAAGUAGCGGGUCUGGAGUAACUCAUUGCUCAUCUCGUUUCAAACCAAAAAGGUUCUUUUCAGAGCCACCUCCUUUUUCACCAAACGGCGUUAACCACUUUUAUCUAAUUGUUGAGUCAUUUUGCAGUGGCGUUGGAAUGCUGUGAAGGCAUAAAGCAAAACCAAAAAAAGGCUUUUACACCACAUUGUUUUCAGAUAGACAACAAAUCAGACAAAUUCGUUACGUGAAGGAAUAGGCGCAGCAGCUCCCCCCUGCAGUACGACCGAGACAAUAGGAAAAGUGAAGCAAGAGAGCAGCCAAGGGAACCGAAAGUUAGAUAACGGGCAGGAUAAGUUAAAGCAACGAGCGCCAGUAAGGUGGACGGCAGGGAGAACAAAAAGCCACAGAAGCACAGGGAACCUUUCGCAGCCAAAACAAAAAUGAGAUAAUGAAAGCAAGAACCUCGCGGCCGGCAAGAUCCGGAGCAAACCAGUAAGAGGCAGCUCUUCAGAGAUAUGCAUGCUCAUUAGAGAGGAAAAACUGCUUAACAAAAGGCCGUAUGAUGAUUAGCCGCUCCUGAAGGUUCAUGGAUGUGGCCUACGCAUCAUGCAUGUAUUUAGGGUUAUGGAGUAGAGGUCAUGCACAAGCCACAGAGGCCAAACUAAGCAACAAACCUGUCAAUCAAAAGGGCAGACGCUGGUUAGAUAUUAGACAGCAUUGAAAAGAAGAGAAAAAGUAAUACACAUAAAAUGACCCAAACCAUACGAGGCUGAUGCUGAUCUCAUCUCGCCGAGGCCAGUCGGCUCUCCCCUUCCGAGUGUGUAAUACUAUGCAUAAUAAACUUUUGCUGCUUUGCUUUGCUA